UCCUUGCCCCCUCCUCCAGCGUGAACGAUCCUGGGAACAUGUCCUUUGUGAAGGAGACGGUGGACAAGCUGUUGAAAGGCUACGACAUUCGCCUAAGACCCGACUUCGGGGGUCCCCCGGUCUGCGUGGGGAUGAACAUCGACAUCGCCAGCAUAGAUAUGGUUUCCGAAGUCAACAUGGAUUACACCUUAACCAUGUAUUUUCAACAAUAUUGGAGAGAUAAAAGGCUUGCCUAUUCUGGGAUCCCUCUCAACCUCACACUUGAUAAUCGAGUGGCUGACCAGCUAUGGGUGCCUGACACAUAUUUCUUAAAUGACAAAAAGUCAUUUGUGCAUGGAGUGACAGUGAAAAACCGCAUGAUCCGCCUUCACCCUGAUGGAACGGUGCUGUACGGGCUCAGAAUCACCACAACCGCAGCAUGCAUGAUGGAUUUGAGAAGAUAUCCCUUGGAUGAGCAGAACUGCACACUGGAAAUUGAAAGCUAUGGCUAUACCACAGAUGACAUUGAAUUUUACUGGCGCGGCGGCGAUAAGGCUGUCACUGGAGUGGAGAGGAUUGAGCUCCCGCAGUUCUCUAUUGUGGAGCAUCGUCUGGUCUCAAGGAAUGUUGUCUUUGCCACAGGUGCCUAUCCUCGGCUCUCCUUGAGCUUUCGGUUGAAGAGAAACAUUGGAUACUUCAUUCUCCAGACUUACAUGCCCUCUAUACUAAUUACGAUUCUCUCAUGGGUGUCCUUCUGGAUCAAUUAUGAUGCAUCUGCAGCUAGAGUUGCGCUUGGGAUCACAACCGUGCUGACAAUGACAACUAUCAACACACACCUUCGGGAGACAUUGCCCAAAAUCCCCUACGUCAAAGCCAUUGACAUGUACCUCAUGGGCUGCUUUGUCUUUGUGUUUCUGGCCCUUCUGGAGUAUGCCUUUGUCAACUACAUUUUCUUUGGAAGAGGCCCUCAAAGGCAGAAGAAGCUUGCAGAAAAGACAGCCAAGGCGAAGAAUGACCGUUCCAAGAGUGAAAGCAACCGGGUGGAUGCUCAUGGAAAUAUCCUUUUAACAUCACUGGAGGUUCACAACGAAAUGAAUGAGGUCACAGGCAGUGUCGGUGAUACCAGGAAUUCAGCAAGACCCUUUGACAACUCAGGAAUUCAGUACAGGAAACAGAGCAUGCCUAGGGAAGGGCAUGGGCGACACAUGGGGGACAGAAGCAUCCCGCACAAGAAGACCCAUCUACGGAGGAGGUCUUCACAGCUCAAAAUUAAAAUCCCUGAUCUAACCGAUGUGAAUGCCAUAGACAGAUGGUCCAGGAUCGUGUUUCCAUUCACUUUUUCUCUUUUCAACUUAGUUUACUGGCUGUACUAUGUUAACUGAGUGACUGUACUUGAUUUUUCAAAGACUUCAUUUAACACUGAGUGAAAUAUUACUCUGCCUGUCAAGUUUUUAUACCUUGUACACACACAGAGACACACACAAGCAGACACACAUAUAUACAUACGCAAUUGUAUAUAUAUGUGAACUU